UGGUUGAUAUUGUGAGCGCGAAUCCUUAGCGGAUCGCUACGGAACCCGGCACUGUCUGCUGUCGGCCCUGAUGUCAGGAUGUUUUGUGAAAAAGCCAUCGAACUGAUUAGGGAGCUCAAGCGUGCCGCCGAUGGACAGCUCCCCGCAUUUAACGAGGAUGGGAUAAGACAAGUUCUUGAAGAAAUGAAGGCCUUGUACGAACAAAACCAGAUGGAUGUGAAUGUUGCAAAAUCUGAAGGAAGAAGCGAUUUGAUCCCAACAAUUAAAUUCCGGCAUUGCUGUCUCUUGAGGAAUCAGAGGUGUAUUGCAGCAUACCUCUAUGACCGUUUACUUCGCAUCCGGGCAUUGAGGUGGGAGUAUGGCAGUGUUCUUCCAACUGCAAUAAGGUUUCAUAUGUGUGCAGAAGAGCUGGAAUGGUUUAACCAGUAUAAGAAAUCUCUGGCCACUUACAUGAGAUCACUGGGAGGAGAAGGAGGCCUGGAUAUCACACAAGACAUGAAGCCACCGAAAAGUCUGUACAUAGAGGUUCGUUGUUUGAAAGAUUAUGGAGAGUUUGAAAUUGACGAUGGCACCACAAUACUGCUUAAGAAAAACAGUCAGCACUUUCUGCCCAGAUGGAAGUGUGAACAGCUGAUCCGUCAAGGAGUCUUGGAACAUGUUCUGUCCUGACCAGAGUGGCGGGGGGUCACUUCAAAGUUUUUUGGUUUUCUUAACUGGUGUUCUUAUCCAGCAUUUUGUAAAUAUGUUUUCACUUGUCUGUUCUAAAUAAACUGCAUUGGUUUCAU